AUGUCUCAAGAGCUCGGUGAUGACAGGAUGGGUGAGUCUCCAGUGAGCACGCCAUUUAAAGAACGGGCUCUUGAAGAGCAGAAAUGGAGAGACCAGAUGAUUCUAAAUGUGACGCCAGGAUUGAAAAAAAGGUCAGAAAAGGAUGAUUUGCUCUUCAGUAAAAUUGGUAGUGACCCUGAUGCGUUGAGAACGUAUCUACGGGAUUUGAGCUCUGUGCUGGUUUCGCAGCAGAAAAAGAAUCUGACGGAGUUGAUACAACGAGAGGAGAGCGUGCCAGCGAAUGCAGAGCAGGAUAGAGGGCUGUUGCAGAAGACAGAAGAUCAUACGCUGGAGGAAAAUCGCGACCCCCUGGCAGACUCUAUUUUUGGGCGCUUGAAAAAUGGGAUAUCCAGGACGAAAAUCCGUAAAAUAGACCCUGUAGUCAUCAAGGAUACUGACGUUGAUCUUGCUUCCACGGAAAUGACUCCAGAUCCCAUGGACGUUUCUGGAGAGUCAAUUUCUCGUCAGGUUACCCCUCAUAUGGAUUUGGAUAUGUCUGCAGACCAGGAAAGCGCACUAGACAUGGCCUCUGGAAAUGUUGCCGGCCCUACCGAAGGCAGCUUAGAUAGUGCCCAAAAAUUAGAUAUCAAAUCUAAGAUCAAACUGAACUCCUCGUCCGAUAUGGACUCUCUAUCUGACGCAGAUUCUCAAUCAGAUUUGGAUCACGCAUCGGAUGAAGAGCUCAUUGACCCAUUACCAAUCGGUCAGCUAAGAAAAUCACUCCGAUCAUUUCUUAGAAACAGCGAUAUCAAACUGGACACAGACUCGUGGAAGGCCCUACAGAAUGUUUCCGAAGUGCUAGUGAAGAAGCUUGGUGAAAGUCUUGUAGAAGAGAAUAGAAUGGUUCCAGAUAGACAGAACAUCUUGAAGUUAUUUGAACGAUACGGGAUCACUUCUCAAGCCGCGACAAAUGAUGAGUUGUUCGAGCUCUGCUGCAAAUACCUGAGAUUAGAGGAGUUGAAUAGUUUGGAAAUGUCUUUAUUUCUUUGA